CGUGCCGCCUGCCGGGGGCGUGGUGCCCAGCGCAGGCAGGGGGCAGCCAUGAUGGCACCCCACUGGGAUCGCACUGCCGGGGGCGCUGUGCUCCUCCCGCACUCCUCGACUUCUGCCAGUGUGUGUGUCUGUGUGUGAAAGAGAGAAGCGGGGGCAAUGUAUCAGUUUUGUCAUACCUGUACCACCUUCACCUGACUGCUGACAGGAGAAGGCAAUCCUAGCAGGGCCGACAGCAAGUGGUGCACACUUUUGUACAGAACUUUAUUUGAAGUUGUUGGCUCCCAGGGGCUUUUCUUGGGGGAUGUGCAGGGUGUGUGUGUUUGUGCCACGGAGCAAGUCUGCCACAGAAUGCCUUUCUGAAAACUACUUCCUUGACUAUGUCAAUCAGUGUGUCACAGCAUUUUUAUGACUAGGUUCCAAGUAAAGUGAUAUCAUUUUGCAAACAAAGUGAGUAAUCCUGCCAUUUCUAGAUAGAAAGAUAAUUUCCUACAACAUGUAACAAAAUGUUUUUUAGACAAUCAGUUGCUGCUAGAGAUUCAGUGACGUAUACAUUUUUUUCACAUCAGUUCAGCCUAUUUGUAAAACAAAACAGUGAUCUAGUUUGUAUGAGUCGUUACCACGGCUUCCCAUCCAAACUGCAUGUGGCUUGAAGGACAGCUGAACAAAGUUGAAAUCACCAUCGACAUGAGUUCCGGAUCUAGUGCACAAAGAAUUUUUUUAAAUAAUCAGGAUACAUAAAGAAAUUGAUUAUUCUUUCAAGAAUCAUCAUUGAUUUUAUUUAUACCGGCAUUCGAAGAAUAGGCGGUGAUCAAGAACUACGAGCGGUCAGAAUAAUAUGCGAACAGAUCAUGAAGAACUUUGUGGCAGCAGUUAUGGAUCUUUUUGUCUGAAUGGUGGGAUUUGUUACACGAUACCUGCCAUUUCCAGUCCCUUUUGCAGGUGUGUUGAAAAUUAUACAGGAAAUCGUUGUGAGGAAAUUUUACUACCGAGCAUCAAGAGCCAUCCAAGAGGUGAACUGUUUGCAGCUGUUUUAGCUUCAGUGGUCGUCCUAAGUGUCCUGGUUGCUGGUGCAUUCUUCUUUCUUUGCAGGAAGGGCCAGAUUCCACGGUCCAGUUCCAUAGAGCAUGGCAACAACCUGAUUGAAGGGAACAGCAGGGAUGCUUGCAACAAUAACUGAAUAAAGCAAUCAAAACAAGAAAUUAUGGAACAGCAACAAGCAAAACAGCUAUAGACAAGCAAAAGCAAUGUUGGAGAAUAUGGAAUCCAUAACACUGUUCCCAGACACUGUGAAAGAAGAAGAUAUUGCUAAUAUUUUACAAGACCAAAUAUAUACGCAUAAAUGUGCAUUGCUUAUGUUCUUGCAGUUGUCAGACACAGAAUGUACAAGGUAUGUGAAGCUUAUCAGAGACAAGUUAGAACGACCUUUAUGCAUAGUAGUUAAAAAAGAUAAAAUACUGUUGAAUCAUGACAGAAUACUGUUAGAUAAUAUUGAGAAGCUAUGUUUCAUUCAUCUGUAUUUAUCAAAGGCAAAAAUAGGUAUAUGCUUUUACCUAGACAUGGAAAAUGGUAAGGCCUUUGAUUGUGUUGAACAGAACUUUAAAUGGGAGGGCAGGGCUAGUAAAUAUAUAUAUAUAAUGGACCCUAUAUAUGGACCACAAGUUGUAACUGGCUGAAGACAUGCAGAACCUUCUCAAUGACUUAGUUACUCCUAAGUUUUGUUUGAACUACUCAGAGGGCUUUAGACCUGCACAAAAUACAGUGGUUAAAAAUCAAGGUCAGUCCGCAAAACAAUUUCAUUUGUAAAUAAAGUUUAUCUUUCUCUCUUUAAAUGCCUAUUCCAGGUCUCUAUUAAAAAGCAUUCACAAGUUUAAAAUCAGUUCUUUCACAGCUUAGCUGGCUGCAAAGGUCAUAUUAGGAAACAAAACUGUUUUUGUUGGCCAAAAAUAAAACCACAUAGCAUGA